GCGAAUGCGUGGUUCUCCAUUUUGAGCACCUAGAAAUAGGUGGGAGAGGGGAGUUUUUACUUCAACGAGCGUUACACACAAGGUGUCAUCAUCCAGCCUUAGAGCUCGGUGUCAGAAAUGGACGAUUUGUUCAGUCCACGGAGACGACUUAACAGCACACAAGGAGAAAUCAGAGUGGGCCCAAGUCACCAAGCCAAGCUCCCAGAGCUGCAGCCUUUCCCCUCUCCUGGUGGCCAGGCAGUGACAGAGAAUGAAGAACUGGUCUGGAUGCCCGGGGUCAAUGACUGUGACCUUCUCAUGUACCUCAGAGCCGCAAGGAGCAUGGCUGCCUUUGCAGGGAUGUGUGACGGAGGCUCAACAGAAGAUGGAUGUCUCGCAGCCUCUCGAGAUGACACUACACUAAACGCACUUAACACUCUUCACGAGAGCAGCUAUGAUGCAGGCAAGGCUCUGCAGAGGCUGGUGAAGAAGCCCGUACCCAAACUAAUAGAGAAGUGCUGGUCUGAAGAUGAAGUGAAGCGCUUCAUUAAAGGGCUGAGGCAGUUCGGCAAGAACUUCUUCAGGAUCCGGAAAGAGCUGCUACCCAACAAAGAAACCGGGGAGUUAAUCACCUUCUACUACUAUUGGAAAAAGACCCCCGAGGCAGCUAGCUCUCGGGCCCACCGCCGACACCGGCGCCAGCCCAUCUUUCGCCGCAUCAAGACACGGACCGCCUCAACUCCUGUCAACACUCCAUCGCGCCCCCCCUCCAGUGAAUUCUUGGAUCUCAGUUCAGCCAGUGAGGAUGAUUUUGACAGUGAAGACAGUGAGCAGGAGCUGAAGGGUUACGCCUGCCGCCACUGUUUUACCACAACCUCCAAGGAUUGGCACCACGGGGGUAGGGAGAACAUCUUGCUGUGCACAGACUGCCGCAUUCACUUCAAGAAGUACGGUGAGCUGCCCCCCAUUGAGAAGCCUGUGGACCCACCGCCAUUUAUGUUCAAACCUGUCAAAGAGGAGGAGGAUGGGCUCAGUGGGAAGCAUAGCAUGAGGACCCGACGGAACCGAGGCUCGAUGUCAACGCUACGUAGUGGUCGUAAAAAACAGACAGCCAGUCCUGAUGGCAGAGCCUCGCCCACCAAUGAGGACCUACGCUCUAGUGGGCGCACCUCACCCAGUGCAGCAAGCACCGACAGCACUGACAGCAAGACGGACUCCAUGAAGAAACCCAGCAAGAAGAUUAAGGAGGAGGCCCCCUCGCCUAUGAAGAGUGUAAAACGGCAGAGAGAAAAGGGGGCAUCAGACACAGAGGAGCCUGAGAGGGCCAGCUCCAAAAAGUCAAAGACACAAGAGCUGAGUCGGCCAGACUCGCCCUCAGAAUGCGAAGGGGAAGGGGAGGGCGAGGGUGAGAGCUCUGAUGGACGCAGCAUCAAUGAGGAGCUCAGCAGUGACCCUAAGGACAUUGACCAAGAUAACCGCAGCUCCUCACCAAGCAUCCCCAGCCCCCGUGACAACGAGAGUGACUCGGACUCAUCUGCUCAGCAGCAGCAGCUGCUGCAGAACCAGCACCCCCCAGUCAUCCAAUGUCAACCGGGCACUUCUGCAGCCUCCACUGCCCCUGCUCCACCCUCAUCCUCAGCCCCCUCAUUACCCCCCCAGGUGUCCCCCACAGCUGCCUCCACCUCUCUACCUCCCCAGCCGCUACCCCAGGUUGGACCGUUAUCUCUCAUUCAGUCAGGUGCAUCCCUCCAUCCUCAAAGGCUGCCCUCUCCCCAUUCACCUAUGACUCAGGCUCCUCCCCCUGGUCCCCCAGGUCCACCGCAGUCAUUACCCAGCUCACAUCAUGGCCCGAUGCCUCCCAUGCCUCAUCCACUGCAGGCUGGCCCCUCACAUAUGCCUCACCCUCACUCUUUGCCUCCUCAGGGCUUCCCAAUGGGGCAGUCUCAGGUCCCGCCUUCGUCAAUCUCUGGCCAAUCACAGCAGAGACCCCACACACCUCCCUCCCAAUCACAGUCAUCAAUUCAGAGUGCAGGCCAGCCUCCCCGAGAGCAGCCCCUGCCUCCUGCCCCCAUGUCCAUGCCUCACAUCAAGCCCCCGCCCACCACACCCAUUGCCCAGAUACCUAACCCACAGUCCCACAAACACCCGCCCCACCUCUCAGCACCUCCAUUUCCUCAGAUGCCUUCCAACCUGCCUCCACCGCCUGCCCUAAAACCCCUCAGCACCCUAUCCACCCACCACCCCCCGUCGGCACACCCACCCCCCCUCCAGCUGAUGCCUCAGGGGCAGCAGCUUCAGCCUCCGCCAGCCCAACCUCCGGUCCUCACCCAAUCCCAAAGCCUACCACCAUCAGCCAGCCACCAGCCUCCACCAGCUCCUCCUCUACCACCCUCCACAGCAGCCUUGCAUCCCAAUGGGCCUCCACAGUCACCCUUUCCCCCGCAUCCUUUCAACCCUGUUCUACCUCCAGCCGGCCCCCCCUCUUCAUCAAACUCCAUGCCUGGCCUACAGCCACCAUCUUCCUCCACCACUGCCUCCUCCUCUUCCAUUUCCAUGCCCCUCCCCGCCUCUGUUCCCUGCGCCGGUCCCACCUCUGCCCUUCCACCUGUGCAUAUCAAAGAGGAGCCUCUGGAUGAAUCAGAAGAACCUGAGAGCCCCCCGCCCCCACAGAGAAGCCCCUCCCCUGAGCCUACUGUUGUCAACACGCCCAGCCAUGCCAGCCAGUCUGCACGGUUCUACAAGCACCUUGACCGAGGUUACAACUCAUGUGCAAGGACAGACUUCUACUUCACUCCGCUGGCUUCAUCCAAACUGGCCAAGAAACGAGAGGAAGCUCUGGAAAAAGCCAAGAGAGAGGCGGAGCAGAAAGCCAGGGAAGAGAAAGAGAAGGAGAGAGAGCGGGAAAAAGAGAGAGAGAGAGAACGGGAGCGAGAAAAGGAAGCAGAGAGGGCUGCGAAAGCCUCCAGUUCAUCUCACGAUGGUAGGAUGGGCGACCCCCAACCAAUGGCUGGCCCUGCCCACAUGCGUCCGCCCUUUGAUGGCCCCCCCACCACUAUUGCAGCCGUGCCUCCGUACAUCGGCCCCGACACACCUGCCCUGCGCACCCUCAGCGAGUACGCACGACCACACGUCAUGUCACCCACAAAUCGCAACCAUCCCUUUUUUGUGUCACUCAACCCUGCUGAUCCUCUGCUGGCCUACCACAUGCCGGGGCUGUACAACGCUGACCCCGCCAUGCGGGAGCGGGAGCUGCGGGAGCGGGAGAUGCGCGAGAGGGAGAUACGUGAGAGGGAGCUGAGGGAGAGGAUGAAACCAGGCUUCGAGGUCAAGCCCCCAGAGCUGGACAGUCUACAUCCCUCCACAAACCCCAUGGAGCACUUUGCCCGCCAUGGGGCCAUCACAUUGCCCCCCAUGGCAGGCCCUCACCCCUUUGCUUCCUUCCACCCGGGUUUGAACCCUCUGGAGCGCGAGCGGCUGGCCCUUGCUGGACCACAGCUGCGGCCAGAGAUGAGCUACCCAGAGAGAUUGGCUGCAGAGAGACUCCAUGCUGAGAGGAUGGCCUCAGUGGCCAACGACCCCAUCGCCCGCCUGCAGAUGUUCAACGUCACCCCACAUCACCACCAGCACUCCCAUAUUCACUCCCACCUCCAUCUCCACCAGCAAGACCCCCUUCAUCAAGGUGGUGGUGAAUGUCUUGUGUGUCCUCCAGGUUCUGGGGCCCACCCAUUGGCGGUAGACCCCCUGGCAGCAGGACCUCAUCUGGCCCGCUUCCCUUACCCACCCGGCACCAUCCCCAACCCACUCAUUGGCCAGCCACCACAUGAACACGAGAUGCUGCGCCAUCCAGUCUUCGGUACUCCAUACCCACGGGACCUACCGGGCGGUUUACCACCACCCAUGUCUGCCGCCCACCAGCUCCAGGCCAUGCACGCACAGUCAGCUGAACUCCAGAGGCUGGCCAUGGAACAGCAGUGGCUCCAUGGACACCACCAUAUGCACGGAGGACCACUGCCUGGCCAGGAGGACUACUACAGCCGGCUGAAGAAGGAAAGCGACAAGCAGCUGUAACCAGCAAAGGGAGGCAGAGAUAACACAGGCACAGGACACGGGAAGUUGUUACACAACAGGCUUGCAGAGGCACUCAAGGGUCCUCUGAACACUUUGUUUUUGAACAGUUGAGGACGAGCGGAUCGUCUGAGAAUUCUCCUGAUGUCGGUUUUUGUUCGUGUCAUGGACCUUUUUUUAAUCAUCAUUAUUUUUUUCAAGACAUUGACUUUCUUUGGUAUAUAGCCAGUAGUGACAACGUCCUCAAGACUCCUGCAUGAAAAGCUUCCCUGACGUUUUUGUAGGUGCUAGAACAAGACACUGUGCUUAUCAAAAGUAGAAAAGAAAAAAAAGACCGUCAAAGCCGGUCUAUGGAAAAAUUACAAGUGCUAUCUUAAAUUCAACAUUUAUUUUAAUACAUUGUUGGAGGUUUUUUCAUAAUUUUAAGAAAAGCUACAGCAUGGCGUUUUUGAGUCUGUAAAUAGUAUAUAUAUAAACAUAUAAUUAUUAUAAUUAUUAUUACUAGAUGUGGACUCCUACAAACCAAGUCGUUUCAACCUCCAAUAUGUUUGUUUUGAAGCAUUAUCCCUUGUUUCAGAGGGGAGCACCAUGGCAUUCGUUACAAGAGCUGGCAACAUUUUAUGAGAACCACAGUUCAGGUGUGGAGUUCCUCUGACAUUGUUUGAAUGAUAUUAGGUUUCAUGUACAACGCUGUCAUCCAUAAAAUUCUCUCACACACACAUUCAUCACACACUUGACAAGCACCAGAUUGUCAGGAUGUGUGAACUCACCAGGUUGAGUUUUACUGAUUUGAAACACUUGAAAAGGUGACGGCAGUAGUCACUGAGGCUUCUGUGGAGAACACACU